UGUACCCAAUGCCUCCAUGCGCAACUCGAUAAUCUAAUCCAUUGAACAUUGAUAUGAGAUUGUAUCUUAAUGUGUUAACUUCAAUGCUUGUUUCUGCCGUUUAGAAGGGUCCCAAUACCAAUGCUUUUUUUUUUUUUUUUUGUGUCCUUUUCUUUUUUUCUCAGUCUCUAUUGCUUGUCCACAUUCAUCCCUUCACUCUUCUUCAAAGCCUUAGCCCACUUAACUAGUUUAGUCUCACUCCAUUGCAUUCGCUUAUCUUCUCCUUACUUCCAACAUUAGUUUUAUUCUUUUUCUUUUUUUAUAUGUUUGGACAAUGUUUUGAUCAAAUCUUUGAUUUGAAUAGUAAGUUAACUCGACAAAACCCUGUAUAAUUGGCAUAUGAACCACAUUAAAGUUAAGCUAAAACCGAAAUGAUGACAGCCUAAGUCGGCUCCUGCUGGACACGUGUAGGUGUCGGGCCAACGAGUUACACGAAACAAAUGGCUGCCCCCACUUCAUUCUAUUUAUAGCUUCGAAUCUAAGGUGGCGGCUUUAACCUGUGCUUCUACUAGUUCCACUCCAGAACAUCUCAAAAGAAAAGCAAGGAAAAUUGUUUUAGAAAAAUGGGCAGAGGAGGCUCUACUAGUUCUUCCUCGUCACUUGAAAGCAGCAAUUACCCAGUUUUAUCAAGCAGGUCUUCUCUUUAUCAGCACCAAAACAGAGACCUUAGCACUGAUCUUAGGCUUGGACUUAGCAUCUCAACCUCCCAACAUCCCAACCUUUACAAUUCUAUACCAAGCGAGUCAGAUUGGCCACCCAUCAAGCCACUUCUGAAGAAGGCUCUAGCAGCAGAAGAAGAAAAUGAGUGCAACAGUGCCACCUUCUAUGUUAAAGUUUACAUGGAAGGCAUCCCAAUUGGCAGGAAACUUGACCUAUUAGCCCAUGAUGGUUACCAUGACUUGAUAGCCACUCUUGAUCAUAUGUUCAGCACCAACAUUCUCUGGGCUGAAAUGGAUUGUGAAAAUUUUGAGCAAUGUCAUGUGUUAACAUAUGAAGAUAAGGAAGGAGACUGGUUGAUAGUUGGGGAUGUUCCAUGGGAGAUGUUCUUAUCUUCCGUCAAGAGACUGAAGAUCACAAAGGCAGACAUUUAGGCAGUUGCUUUCUUUCUGAACCUGCAGGAUAGAAAAUAUAUAUGUAUCUAGGCAUGCAGGAAGAUGGUAGUGAAAAAUGUUUGAGAAUCACAGAUCAUGUACAUUCCCCUCAACAGAUAUGAUAGAAGAGGAAAAAAGAAAAAAGAAUUUUGCUUUUUGGUUGUAUAUUAUCUAUUUCUAAUGUUCUGUAAUGUUUCAUUAGAGAUCUAUUGCCCACAAAUUGGAUUAUGACUAUAAUUACUUGCACAUAAUUAUAGAAGAAAAAUGAACUUGCCAAUGA